UCUCCCAAGACAUGUCAGUGGCUGCCGCCUUUAGAAUAUACUGCUUUCCCCAAAAUUCAGAGUCAGGGAUCAUGCCCUACGUUCACACUUUUGACUCAAUACUAGGUAUAAACUAUAAACCACUAUAAAAUAAUAAAAUGCACUUAAAAGAAAAGAAGAAAAAAAAAAAACAAAUACAACCACCAUAAAUACCAAGUCACAACACGUUAGUUUCCUUCCCCCUCAACUGUCCAAUUUCUUGUCCUCCUAUAUGGCCAUUGGUCAUGAACUAAACCAUGUCUGCCCCAAAUGACUGGUUACAAUUCUACAACCAAAAUUUCCCUUCCCAAGGUAAUCCUUCAAUUCCCGUCACCGCAGCAACCCCCACCACUGCCACUGCCACUGCCACCACCAGCCCUCUGCCAGGGAUGGGGAUGAUGGUGAAUUCGGGUUCACCACCAACAUCAUCCCCAAAUCUAAGCCCAGAGGGCCGGGUCUCAAAGCCUGCACGGCGCCGAUCACGGGCCUCACGGCGAACUCCCACCACUUUGCUGACCACAGACACCACAAACUUCCGUGCCAUGGUGCAGCAAUUCACCGGAGGCCCAAACGCUCCCUUUGCACCAACAGCAUCCCCAGCUGCACCAUCAGGGCUGCCAAAUCUGCUGGGUCUUGGGUUCGGGUCACGCCCUGUCCCAGCUGUAAACUCUUCGACGCUCAUGGUUUCACCCCCAGCUGGUUACCUUCUACAACAGCAACAACACCAUCAAAAUCUCUUUCAGCCACAAAACCAACAGUUCAUGUAUAGUGGUAGCACACAAGGUGGAGGUGACAACACGUUUUUCCAGAGACUAAGCAACCCAACAAGACCCUCUGACCAUGAUCAUGAGGUUUUGAUGGAUCAUGAACAUGGAGGACGAUUCUUCCCAAGUAGUUCUUCUUGAUGAGUAAGUUCCUGUAGAGAAACCACAUCCUAUCCUAGUCUAUGUUUCAAUAGGAACACGGAUAGCAGUUUUCCUUGGUGAUGUUUGAUAGUGACAUAAAGCAGACAAUUAGGUGCUAACUUGGGGAGAACGGUUGACCAACCAAUGUAUAAUAUUAUAGUUAUCUUCCAAUUUAGGACUUAUUUUAUUAUUUUUAUUUUAAUUAGUUCUGUAAUUUGGGGUUUUCUUGCAUGGAAUUGGGCGCUACUUCUAGAAACCUUUGGUGGCGCUGCCAAAACUUUUUAUCUAUUUUUUCUUCUUUCUAUAAUUAUUAAUCAUGAGUUUGUGUA